GCGUUGCCUCUGCUACUCUCGUUCUCUCCGCGCUCCGGCCGGCCUUCCUCUUCGGAGCAUCGGAGAGCCGCGGGUCCGAUCGGAUCGAGAGCUCCCAACUCCUCUUCUGGCCUCGCCUCGCCUCCCCUCCUCGUGCCCAGGGGAAGCAGCAAACCCUAUUCCGGCGACUCGGGCGGAGACGCGCGCUCGCUGGCCAUGGCGUUCGAGAAGAUCGUUGUGGCGAACCCCGUCGUCGAGAUGGACGGUGAUGAAAUGACUCGAAUUAUUUGGAAAUGGAUCAAAGAUAAGCUUAUAUUCCCUUUCUUGGACUUGGAAAUAAAAUAUUAUGACUUAGGUCUACCUAAUCGUGAUGCUACUGGGGACAAAGUUACAACAGAGAGUGCAGAAGCAACUCUAAAGUACAAUGUAGCCAUCAAAUGUGCAACUAUAACUCCAGAUGAAGGACGCGUGAAAGAGUUUAAUUUGAGAGCUAUGUGGAAGAGUCCAAAUGGGACAAUAAGGAAUAUUUUGAAUGGAACUGUUUUCCGAGAACCAAUUAUCUGCAAGAAUAUUCCUCGGCUUGUACCUGGGUGGACAAAACCCAUAUGCAUUGGACGACAUGCAUUUGGUGACCAAUACCGAGCAACAGAUACAGUUAUUAGAGGUCCUGGGAAGCUGAAGUUAGUAUUUGAUGGCAGAGAGGAACAGAUAGAGUUGGAUGUGUUCAACUUUACCGGUGCUGGUGGAGUAGCUUUGUCUAUGUAUAAUACUGAUGAGUCUAUUCGGGCAUUUGCUGAAGCUUCCAUGAACAUGGCUUACCAGAAAAGAUGGCCACUUUAUCUUAGCACCAAAAACACAAUCCUCAAAAAAUAUGAUGGAAGGUUUAAAGAUAUAUUUCAAGAGAACUAUGAAACAAAAUGGAGGACCAAGUUUGAUGAUGCAGGAAUAUGGUACGAACAUCGGCUGAUUGAUGAUAUGGUGGCCUAUGCCCUUAAAAGUGAAGGUGGCUAUGUUUGGGCUUGCAAGAACUAUGACGGAGAUGUGCAGAGCGAUCUAAUUGCUCAAGGUUUUGGAUCACUAGGUCUGAUGACAUCAGUACUGGUGUGCCCUGAUGGUAGAACCAUUGAAGCUGAAGCUGCUCAUGGUACAGUCACACGCCAUUACAGAGUUCACCAAAAAGGAGGUGAAACUAGUACAAAUAGCAUUGCUUCAAUAUUUGCUUGGACAACCGGACUAGCACAUAGGGCAAAGCUCGAUGACAAUAAAAGACUGUUAGAUUUUGUGCAAAAACUUGAAGCUGCUUGUGUGGGAACAGUGGAAUCUGGAAAGAUGACAAAGGAUCUAGCUCUUCUCGUACAUGGGCCCAAUGUUAGCCGAGAUAAGUAUCUGAACACAGUCGAAUUCAUUGAUGCUGUUGCUGAGGAUUUAAGAACAAGAUUGUCAGUAACAUCGAAGUUAUGAAGGCACUACUCACAAGCUGUUCUCCCUACCUCUCACCGAAGCUGCUCCACGCGGGAAUGAAUCCCAUCGUAUAAGGUUUAUACAUUUGUACUUUGAAUAAGAGUGAUCGAAGCAUUGGUGUGUGCAGCUAUAUUCCAUGCUGCUCUGAUAAAGUCUGAUGAAGUUGGGUACAUUCUUGGUAUAACAAUGGAGGCGAAGGAUCUUUUGCUCAAAAUAAAAAAGGUUGAACUUUAUUCGUCAGCCUUCUACUUGACCACUUUAAUGGUUAAGUCAUGUCCA